ACUCAUAGAUCAAUUAAUCAAUUAAUUUUUCUCUUCUAGACGGAACAUUAAUGUGUUAUGAAUGAACGGCUGUAAUGAGGAGUGUAGUUGGGAAGAUAUCUACGACUCUGGGCAGUUGGACGAGCAGCUAGAAAACUUCGACAGCGACCAACUGGAACCAAUCGGGAUCCCGCGUGACCAGCAGGGGGAACAGAGCACAGUGGAUAAUCUUAAAACCGACAAACAGAUAAAAAUCCUGAAGCGGAGCGAGGCAAGUCGAGAGGGAGAAGUUGAAAAAGUGCAUCCGGAAAACAGGACACUGAUCGAGCAAAGCGUUGCUCAAAGAGAAAAAGACUACGCUGUUGCAAGAGAACGUAUAAUGGGAAGCAAGUCAAGCUCGAAACCGUCUGGCAGGAGAGAUAGGAACAACCACCGCAGAAACAACCAAUCCAACGGAAACCAAAGACAACCGGGCUGAAAAAUGUAGAGGACAAAUUGUAAUCAAGUGGCGCAGUGCCUGAACGGUGUUAACUUAGAUCUACAAACUUAUACCCAUGCUCGAGAUGUACAAUUAAUUCAUAUCCAUGUGCAACGACGGAAAUAUUUCCUUGUGUUUAGCUAAAUAAUUUAAAAUCGUACAGAGAGAGAGAGAAAUUGGAAAAAGCAUCUGAAAUCUUCGGCCGUUAUUUACUCGGUCGGAGAUGAAAGCGUUGAAUUCCAUCUAGGUCUUUUGAUUUGAAAGUUUAGGGAUCAAGAUUGGUUUACUUUUUACGGAUUGCGGUCUUUGCUUAGUUAACACUGUUAAUUGUCAAACGAUAUCUUGUAAAAUUAUUUGUAAUCGGUGAACAUAUUCUAUUAUACAGUAUUAGUACAGUGUAUUUACACAAAUCUACUUUAAGCAAGCUCCUCCCAUUUUGAUAUUAGUUGUAUAUCUGUUAUUAGAGGAUCUGAUUGGUAAAUAUAAAGAAAGCAAACUUCAGAGAUCUGCCUCAAUCUGAUUAGUGGAGAUUUUAAGCCGUUUGAAGAAGACGCCAUAUAAGGGCACUAAAGUUCGUGUCAGCUGACAAAUCUUGAGCUCAGCGCGAUGGCUCAUUUCACACUUGGGCGUCUUUUAUAAAUGGCACGCCCGCAGCUAAUUUUCCAAGUAUUGCUCCUGAGCGUGUUACCCUAUGUGUUAUUAUCGGUAGAUAUAUCGGGUGGGUCAUUAAUUGGAUCGCAAGAAUUCUGUAAAAGUGUCAUAUAUGAUCAAUAGAAAUGGGAACCCACUUGUAUUACACCCAUUACAUGUGUAGGUUAAUUAUUUUAUCUCAGAAGUACCUUCAUCAGACGAAAUACUCAACCUUUAUUGAUCGUGUGUGCCAGGUUUGAUAACCCUUUCGUUCCAUCUACCGAUCUGCCUUCCAAUAUUUUCACAUAUUGAUAACUUUUACCCGAUCUAACUGUGCUAUGAAGUUUUGGUGUCAAGACUAUAAAAUAUAUCUAUGUGAUCGUGUGAGCUCAGGCUAACUGGGAAGAACACUAGUUUUCAAUUUAAUAAUUCUGAAUGCUGAAUACAUGAUCCAUCAUUGAUCAAGAGAAAUGUGAUAUUUGUCUUAUUUCCCUGGGUAACUUUUGGUAGUUGUGAAAAA